AUGACAUGGGAAGCAAUUGCAAAAUCGAAAAGAGAAGCACUUGUUUCAAAAAUACCUGCAGAUUGGGUCUUGAACACCUUGCCAAGUGCAGAAGACGAGCCAAAUGUUUGCAACUACUUAGCAAAGAUAUUACCUCAAGAAGAAACAGCCAUUGCAAAUCUGACUAUAGCCGAAUUGUCUUCUCAAAUUGCUAGCGGAAAGCUCUCUAGUCAUCGAGUAACUUCAGUAUUUUGCAAGCGAGCUUCAUUCGUGCAUCAACUAACGAAUUGUUGCAGUGAAAUAUUCAUCGAUAGAGCAUUAGCUAGAGCAUUAAAAUUAGAUGACUAUUUAAAAAAAAACGGAAAACCAAUUGGUCCACUUCAUGGUAUUCCGAUUUCUUUGAAGGACCAGGUAAAUUUAGAGGGAAUUGAUACUGCAAUAGGCUAUGUAAGUCUCGUAAACAAACCUGUUAAGAAGGAAGAUGUUUCAAAUAUUGCAACUAUUUUAGAAGACCUCGGGGCAGUUUUUUAUGUGAAAACAACUACCCCUACAGCGAUGAUGUCUGGUGAGACUGUUUCAAACCUUCUUGGGCCGACACUUAACUCUUGCAAUAGGAAAAUAUCGUGUGGUGGUUCUUCCGGUGGAGAGGGUGCUCUCGUGGGAGGUCGAGGUUCGUUAUUGGGCUUGGGGACGGACAUUGGAGGUAGUAUCCGUUUACCCAGUAACGCACAAGGAUUGUUUGGGUUGAGAUGUAGUACUGGGAGGAUUCCUUAUUGCAAGAUAACAAACUCCAAUGCUCAUCAGCCAGUUAUCCGUUCUGUCGUUGGUCCCAUGGCCACGGAUUUAAAUGACUUAAAAUUAUUCACGAAAGCAAUUAUUAAUACCGAGCCAUGGAAAAAUGAUCCCUUGUGCCCACAUAUUCCUUGGAGAGAGUUUGAAAUAAAAGGAAAGCUCUCAUAUGGAGUACUCGACCUUACUAAGGGUCACUACCUUCAUCCGCCAAUUAAGAGAGCGCUUAGAAUGACGAGGAAUGCACUAACAAGCGAUGGUCAUGAAGUCCUUGAUAUAGCUUCUCCGAUUCCCUUAUUUGAAAUGCUAGACCUUUGCAUGAGGAUUCUACGUGCUGACGGUGGUAAAGAAAUAAUAGCGGAAUGCGAAAAAUCCGGGGAGCCAGUCAGGAAUGAGGUAUUAGUUAGAAAUGACGAUGGGAGCCUAUCUGAUGAGAGAACUAUUACAGAAUUUUGGGAUGAUGCUGGUCUUAGAUAUGAGUAUCAGCAAAUUUUUGACAAAUUCUGGCAAUCAACUGUUUCUCUCACAUCAACAGGCAGACCAAUAGAUGGAUUUUUGCUUCCCUUACAUGCCACCACAGGGUAUAAGGUUGGUGACUUUAGAAGACUAGGAACAUUUUUCACUCCUAUAUUUAAUUUAUUAGAUUAUUCCGUUGUUGCAAUGCCUAUCACAAAGGCCGACAAAGAAGUUGACAUUAUUGAGACCCUGUAUAAGCCAUUAAAUGAGCUGGAUGAAAUUUGUUAUAAAUACUAUGACCCUGAAUUGUUUGAUGGAACUCCAGUGGGUCUUCAGGUAAUAGCUCCUAGGUAUGAAGAAGAAAGAGCAAUAUUUUUAACUGAAAUUGCUGAAAAAGCGCUCAAAAAACAGGCCAGUUAG